CCAUGGCUGGGUGGGAACAUGGGUAAAAAGGCAACCAAGAGAUCAACCACGAGCCGUGCUGCGGCUCCAGCUCGUAUUCCGCUGGUUAGUCCGCCCUGGUGGCAUGGAUGGAUGGAUGAUGGAUGCAUCACUCCCCGCCGUGGCCUCCAGCAACCGGCAACCAUCCACACCCUUGUCUGCUUUCUGAUAAAGUCCCCUUCGCUGCGCCGAGAGUAUGAACCAAUAUGCGUGGCCUCUACAUGGGACUGGGCGCCAUCGCCCUGGCGUCCGUCAAUGCUUGGGAAUACCCCUUUUGUGAACAUGAUGGGUGCUACCGCAACCUCAUCGAUGAACGCUUUGCUGAGGAGGCCAAGGGCUUCUGUGUUGAGUUCCUCCAUGGAACCACCACUGCUGCCGCUGCUAUCCCAACAGACUUCAACAACUGCGCCGGAGAUGUCAAGGCUGUCUCCUCUGCCUGCUCCUGCAUCACCUACAGCUUGAGCACAACGGUCCUUGCCACCACCAGUACCUCUGCCCCAUGGACCACAAGCACUCCUGCUCCCCCGACCACCGUCAGCACCACCGAAGCCACCAAGACUACUUGGUCCUCCAGCGAGGUUGUCUCUACGAGCACAUCCAAGGAGCACUCUUCCUCUACUCCCGUCACCUCUGAGGCGAGUACAUCGUCCACCUGGGUCAGCAGCACCAAGGUUCACAGCACAUCCACCUCUUCUGAGGAUUGCACGACUUCGUCCACGGCUGCCAGCUCGACCAAGGAGCAUAGCACCUCCACCUCUUCCGAAGACUGUACGACCUCUUCCACCGCCGUCAGCAGCACCAAAGUCCACAGCACAACCACUUCAUCGGAGGAUUGCACGACUUCCACUGUUGCUAGCAGCACCAAGGUCCACAGCACGUCUACGUCGACCGAGGACUGCACUACUUCCUCGACUGCUGUCAGCAGCACCAAGGGCGUCUCUACCUCUACCAGCGAGAUCGUGAGCACUACCAAGUACCACAACACGACGACUCCUGCUACCGAGGACUGCACAACUUCUACCGCGUUCAGCACCACCAAAGCCCACAGCACGACGACCGAGGACUGCACGACCGAGAUGACCGUGAGCACCAAGAGCCAUCACUCCCACUCCAGCAAGCCCUCGACUUACGUCCCUCCUCCCCCUUCCACUACCACCGAGGAUUGCACCACCGAGACUGCCGUCAGCAGCACUAAGGGGGAGAGCACGACUAAGACCUGGCCUCCUCACACCAAGACUAGCACCACCAAGCUGACCACGUCCACCGUCUAUACCACGACGGUCGAGACCGUGACAAGAUGCCCGCCCAGCGUCACGAACUGCCCUCACACUCCCGUCACCACAACCAAGACCAUCGCCGUCUCCACGACUAUCUGCCCCGUCACGGAAGAGUCCACAAAGCCCGUUCCCACCCACCCUGCUCCUCCCCCAACGACCUGGACGACUUCUACUGUUUACACCACCAAGGUUCACACCAUCACCAGGUGCCCUCCUGAUACCCCCAACUGCCCUGAGGGUCCUCACACCACCACCGAGACUAUUCCUGUCUCCACCACCAUCUGCCCCGUCACAGAGAGCGUGCCUCACACUUUCACCACUGUGCACCCGGCUCCCAGCAGCCCUCCUCCACCGCCCGCUGGCACUCCUCCUGCUGGAACCCCUCCUGCUCCUCCCGCCAGCACUCACCCGGCGCCUCCUGCUGGUACUCCCCCGGCUGGUACUCCCCCGGCUGGUACUCCCCCGGCUGGCACUCCCCCGGCUGGUACUCCCCCGGCUGGUACUCCCCCGGCUGGCACUCCCCCGGCUGGUACUCCCCCGGCUGGCACUCCCCCGGCUGGCACUCCUCCCGCUCCGCCUGCUAGCACUCACCCUGCUCCCCCCGCCGGUACCCCCGCACCCCCUCCGGCUAGCACCCCCUCUGCCCCUCCUGCCGGCACUCCUCCUCCCGCUGCCACCACGCCCGUCGCCUCGCCCAGCAAGACCACCACUGGCCCGGUCCAAGUCACCAACGCUGCUGAUCGUCUCGGAUCCGGCAUCUUGGCCGCAGCAGCUGGUGUCGUGGUUGCUGCUCUGCUCUGAAACAAACCUUGGGCAUAAUUAGUGGACUUUCAAGCGAGCUUUUUGUUUAAUGUGUAAUUCAUGAAAAUUUAACGUUCACACGACACAAUGUGGAUAUGGGAUAUGUAAUGCGUGUUCAUAGCGAUAGUCGUACCUUACAAAAAUUGAGUAAUGCUGCUAUCAUGCGGCCAUGUUGAUGAUAUAA